AUGAAUAAUUUUGUACCUGAACGUGGGUUUAACAAGGAAAACUUUAAAGGAAGCUGCUUGAUAGUGCCUGCAGUUUCAAUUGGCAACGUCCCUCAGUUGGCAGUAGAUCUCUUAAUUACAACACUAAACCUUAAGCGAGUUGGUUUCAUCGAAGACGACAGUAUUGUCUCCGUUUCCGGCGCCCGAGAAGAUACAACUGAAGGCACUGGAUCUUCCGACCAGCAAUUGACGGUCAUACAGCAGCGUGCACCUGCUCAUAAGGGGAAAUCGCAUCAAUAUGCACGCAACUUGGUUACCUUUUUCAAAGAAUGUCACUUUUCGAGAAUCAUAUUACUGGCUAGUGCCGAUGCCAAGCAGCGAAGAGAUGUGCAGUUGACUGGUGAUUCCUUUCGAAUACUUACGACAGACAACUUGUCGCCCGAUGUUCAGUCUCGCAUAUCGUCACUUGAUAUAAAGACUCUCGAGACUCCCGAUGUUGAGGAGGACUAUGUGAAACCUCAAGCACAUGGUGGGUAUCCUCGCAUUGUUGGCGGCGGUAUGUCCAACUAUUUGUUGAGUCUUUGUAAAGAGGAAAAACUUGCGUUGAUAGUAUUGAUACUAUUUGCUAUGGAAGGAGGUAAUGUUACGGAAGACAACGUGCACGAUGCGACUCUCACGGCGAAUAAACUUACUUCACUGUUAUCGGAGCAAGGUAUUCAAUCGGACACGUGCUUUGAGUAUGCUUUUUCUGUGAUGCGUAGCCUGAGACAGGAUUAUCUGUUAUUAGGGAAAGAAAGUACAAGAAAUUGGAUAUCGCCACGCAGCUGGAAUGGGCUGUUUGGUAAACCAUUUGAACAAGAGCUGUAUUGA